ACUAAUCUUCAACUCUAUCAACUGAUCAUCAAACCAAUAGUACUCGCACUCACUUUGCUCUAUAUUUGUGGUCCAUUUUGAUCCUUAUUUCUUCUGGGGUCUCCUUCAGUGAUCCUUAUUUCUUUCUUAUCAUAUUGGUCGCAACCUUGAAACAUCAUCAAGAGUAAUGGCAGAAGUGAAGAGAAUAAAGCUGGGAACACAAGGGCUAGAGGUAUCAGCACAAGGACUUGGCUGCAUGGGCAUGUCCGCCUUUUAUGGCCCUCCAAAACCUGAACCCGAUAUGAUCGCUCUCAUCCACCAUGCCAUCAACUCCGGUGUUACUUUCCUCGAUACCUCUGAUAUCUACGGACCCCACACCAAUGAAAUUCUUCUGGGCAAGGCUCUUAAAGGAGGGUUAAGAGAGAAAGUGGAAUUGGCAACCAAAUUUGGUGUAUGUUUUCAAGAGGGGAAGAGUGAGAUUAAGGGUGAUCCAGGUUAUGUAAGAGCUGCUUGUGAGGCUAGCAUAAAGCGUCUUCUAGUUGAUUGUAUUGAUCUUUAUUACCAACACCGCAUUGAUACUUCUAUUCCCAUUGAAAUCACGAUGGGGGAACUGAAGAAACUAGUUGAAGAGGGUAAAAUAAAGUAUAUAGGUCUAUCUGAGGCCUCUGCUUCAACAAUCAGAAGAGCUCAUGCUGUUCACCCGAUAACAGCUAUCCAGUUGGAGUGGUCUUUGUGGUCAAAAGAUAUCGAGGAAGAGAUUGUUCCUACUUGCAGAGAACUUGGAAUUGGAAUUGUUGCAUACAGUCCUCUGGGACAAGGAUUUCUUUUACUAGGGACUAAGUUGGUUGAAACCUUUAAGGAGGGUGAUGUUCGGAAGUAUUUGCCUAAAUUCCAGCCUGAAAAUGUGGAGCAUAACAAACACCUUUUCGAGCGGGUUAAUAAAAUGGCAGCAAGGAAACAAUGCACCCCAUCACAACUAGCACUGGCCUGGGUCCAUCACCAAGGAGAUGAUGUAUGCCCCAUUCCUGGAACAACCAAAAUUGAAAACUUCAACCAGAACAUUGGAACUCUGUCUGUAAAACUCACACCAGAAGAAAUGGCUGAGCUUGAAUCCAUUGCCUCUGCAGAUGCCGUGAAAGGUGAGAGAUAUGGCGACCGUGUGCCCACAUACAAGACAUCUGACACUCCACCACUGUCUUCAUGGAAAGCUGUGUAGAUUGAUCACACCAGUAUUUCUCUGCUCUGGUUGCUGAUAGCACCUGUCAAAACCUUAUUCUAUAUUCCUAAUAAAGCUUCUGAGAGAAUGGCAUCUGCUUAAUUACCCCCGAUAACUCUGGUCAUGCAUGCGAUUUUCUUUAUCAGUUUUGCCUGAGGAAGUAUGAAGGUGAAAGCCCCUUUUGGAAUUUUCCUGUAUGUGUAGCCUUAUUGUGACAGGACAUAAAGAAAAGUUUUCAAUUGUACCAAGCAAAUAAAUCUGUCCAAAUGCUGUAAAGUGUCGAGGAUUAUGAUACUACCUUUAUACUAAAUCACACAUAUUAAUUAGUUUUA